CCAAACCGCUACCACAUUCUUGAACGGGUCGAGUGAGAUUUCUGCCGUAUAGGCUUUCUACUUGCAAUAUGUCAAGUGAAUCAGAUUUGAUUACGGUUCCUAUUCUUGGCAAGGAGACCGUAAAGGUUGGUUUUGGUUUAGACGAAUACGUUGCUACAGAAAUUUUGAAGGAAUUUCAAUCUUCAACGUAUGUCGUAAUUACAGAUUCUAACAUUGCACCUCAUCAUUUGGAGCCUUUUGAGCGUAUUUUUAGAGAUACUAUUAAAAAGAAUGGUGCUCAAUCGAGAUUUUUGAGCUACAUAAUUCCUCCUGGUGAAUCAUCCAAGUGUCGGGCGACAAAAGCAGAGAUCGAGGACUGGAUGCUUUCGCAAUCUUGUACCAGAGAUACUCUAUUAAUUGCCAUGGGCGGUGGUGUUAUUGGGGACUUAGUUGGUUACAUUGCUGCCACUUUUAUGCGUGGUAUUCGUUUUGUUCAAAUGCCAACAACUUUGCUAGCCAUGGUAGAUUCUUCUAUUGGCGGUAAAACCGGUAUUGAUGCUCCUCUUGGUAAAAAUUUAAUUGGCGCUUUUUGGCAACCUUUGAGAGUUUAUGUGGAUUUACUUGUAUUGCAUACCUUGCCUCCUCGCCAAAUCAUCAAUGGUUUAGCAGAAAUCAUUAAAACAGCGGCCAUGUGGAAUGAAAAGGACUUUCAAUUGUUGGAAAACAACUCUGCUCUUCUUAUCGAAGAAAUUCACAAGCCAGCAGUUUCCGGUGAAUAUAAAUUUUCCAAGAUUAAAGAUUUGCUUCAGAAGAUUAUUCUUUCUUCUAUCCGUACAAAGUGUGAAGUUGUGACUCUCGAUGAACGUGAGGGUGGUCUUCGUAACUUGCUUAACUUUGGUCAUAGUAUUGGACAUGCCUAUGAAGCCAUUUUGUACCCUCAAAUCCUUCAUGGUGAAUGUGUCGCAAUUGGCAUGAUGAAAGAGGUUGAACUUGCAAGACACUUGGGUAUCUUAAAACCCAAUGCUGUUGGAAGAUUGGCCAAAUGCCUUGUUUCCUAUAACUUACCUGUUAGCGUUAAUGACCCUAAAAUAAAAAAAUAUGCCGGCUUUAAGACUUGUCCUGUUGAGAAUCUUAUUUUGACCAUGGCCGUUGACAAAAAGAAUCAAGGAACCAAAAAGCGUGUUGUUAUCUUGAAGGCUAUUGGUGAGACGUAUGAAAAGCAUGCCACCGUAGUUUCAGACGAUGAUAUCCGCUUUGUUCUCUCUUCUGAUGUUAAGGUCGACAAUUUUACCGAAAAUUCUUUAGACGUCGUGAUUACUCCACCUGGUUCUAAGUCUAUUUCUAAUCGUGCUCUUGUGUUGGCUGCUUUAUCACAAGGUACAUGCCGUCUUACCAACAUGCUACACUCUGAUGAUACCCAGUUUAUGAUGUCUGCCUUAGAAUCCCUUGGAGCAGCCAAGUUUUCAUGGGAGGAUAAUGGAGAAACUCUUGUUGUUGAAGGUAGUGGUGGUAAAAUGAGUGCCCCUAAAGAUGCUCUUUAUUUGGGUAAUGCAGGAACAGCUGCCCGCUUCUUAACAGGUGUCUCUGCGCUAGUCCCAACUCAGGAUAAGGAACAUGGUGUGGUUCUUACGGGUAACCAUAGAAUGAAGGUUCGUCCAAUAGGUCCCUUGGUGGAUGCCUUACGAAACAACGGUUGUACAGUCGAGUAUCUAGAAAAGGAAGGUUCUUUGCCCCUUUCUACGUCUUCUUCAACCGGUUUAAAGGGUGGUGUUAUUGAACUUGCUGCCACAGUUUCUUCUCAGUACGUUUCAUCAAUCCUUAUGUGUGCUCCCUAUGCAUCCGAACCUGUUACACUUAAAUUAGUUGGCGGUAAACCAAUUUCGCAACUUUAUAUUGACAUGACUAUUGCCAUGAUGGCGUCUUUUGGUAUUAUUGUCGAAAAGUCGUCAUCGGAAGAAAACACUUACCAUAUACCUCGUGCCAAGUACCAGAGUCCUUCUAAGUACGAAAUCGAAAGUGAUGCUAGUUCUGCUACUUAUCCUUUAGCAAUUGCUGCUAUUACUGGAACAAAAUGUACUGUUCCUAAUAUUGGAAGUGCUUCUCUGCAAGGUGAUUCUCGUUUUGCUAGGGAUGUACUAAAGCCUAUGGGAUGCUUAGUUGAACAGACCGCUAACAGUACGACGGUUCAAGGCCCCCCUAAGGGUCAGUUAAAGCCACUCGAGUCUAUUGAUAUGGAAACCAUGACGGAUGCCUUUUUAACUGCUUCUGUUGUGGCUGCAGUAUCUUCCAAUGCUGAGGGUGACCCUAUCACUCGUAUCACUGGUAUCGCCAACCAAAGAGUUAAGGAAUGUAACCGUAUUGCUGCGAUGGUUCAUGAGUUGGCAAAAUUCGGUGUCCGUGCUGGUGAAUUAGAAGACGGUAUUUAUAUUUUUGGUCAAGACUACAAGACGUUGAAAUCUCCUACUGAUGGUGUCUAUACUUACGAUGACCAUCGCGUUGCUAUGGCCUUUAGCUUGUUGGCUCUCCUUACACCUUCACCUACUGUUGUUAUUGAUAAAGCAUGCGUCGAGAAAACAUGGCCCUAUUGGUGGGACGUCCUUAAACAGUCAUUCAAGGUUUCACUUUACGGUUCUACCGUUGAACAAGUUGAGCAACAGAAUCCUUUGAGCAAGAAUGCUUCAAUUAUAUUAAUCGGUAUGCGUGGAGCUGGUAAAACAACAAUUGGUAAAAUAAUUUCGAAGCAGCUUAAUAUGAAGUUUAUUGAUUUGGAUGAGUGGUUGGAGGAUCGCUUGGCUAUGCCCAUCACUCAGGUAAUAUUCAAACUUGGAUGGGAUGCUUUUCGUCUUGAAGAACACAAAUUACUUCGUGAAUUCAUCCAAGAACGUCCUUAUGGAUUUGUUGCUGCUAGCGGAGGUGGUGUAAUUGAGAUGAAUGACUCACGCAAGUUGCUUGAAAAUUAUGUAAAGAGCGGGGGCAUUGUUUUACAUGUUCAUAGGAAUAUUGAUCACAUAGUUUCUUAUCUUUCAAAGGACAGCAGUCGUCCUGCUUACAAAGAUCAAGAAAACAUUCGGGAUGUGUAUGCACGACGCCAUGAAUGGUAUCGUCAAUGCCGCUCACACUAUUUUAUCAGCCCUGUUUUGGAUGAGAGAGUAGUAGAGGAAAAGAUAGAAUAUUCAAUGUCUAGAUUUUUGGAAGUUAUUACGGGUAAAUCUCAAUCUCUGCAAAAGCUUAAGGAGAAGAAGCGGUCUGCAUUCUUGACUUUGAAUUUCCCUGACGUCCAACAAGCUCUUCCCCUAUUAAAUGAUGUGACUUUGGGAUGUGAUGCUGUUGAAAUUCGCGUUGAUCACUUGAAGGAUCCUAAAGGUAAGAACGGUGUUCCGACGUUAGAUUUUGUAGCAGAGCAGGUUGCUUUGCUUCGAUGUCACACCCAUUUACCCAUUAUCUUUACUGUUCGUACGAAGAAGCAGGGCGGAUUAUUCCCUGACGACAAAGAGGCAGAUGCUCUUGAGCUAAUUUUAUCUGCUAUUCGUUACGGUAUCGAUUAUGUUGAUGUCGAAUUGGGAUGGAGUAUUGAAAGUAUAACGAAAAUCUUUGAACACAAGAGAAAUACUAAGUUGUUAAUGUCUUGGCAUGAUCUUUCUGGUACUUGGUCUUGGGCUAGUCCUCAAGAAUGGAUGCAAAUGAUUGACUUGGCAUCUUCCUUUGCAGAUAUUAUCAAGCUUGUCGGUACUGCUAAGGAUAUUAAAGAUAACUUGGAACUUGAGAAUUUCCGCAAGUCCGUAACCAGUACGAUGAAAAUUCCUUUAAUUGCUAUUAAUAUGGGUGGCAAGGGACAACUUUCGAGAGUGUUCAACAAGUUCUUAACGCCCGUAACUCACCCUGAUUUGCCUUCUAAAGCUGCGCCAGGUCAAUUGAGUGUAAAGCAGUUGAAUGAGGCUUUGGCUUUGAUUGGUGAGAUUGUUCCCAAGAAUUUCUAUGUCUUUGGUAAGCCGAUUUCGCAUUCGCGAUCACCAGUACUUCACAAUACUGCGUACAAGUUAUUGGGUCUACCUCAUUCUUACGAAGCUUACGAAACUGAUACUGUUGAGGAAGUAGAAGGUAUACUUCGUAGCCCUGACUUUGGUGGAGCCAAUGUUACCAUUCCUUACAAAUUGCCUAUCAUGCAAUAUAUGGAUGAUUUAAGUCACGAAGCAAGAUUUUUUGGAGCUGUGAAUACUGUCAUUCCUUCCAUGAAGGAAGGAAAAUUGCACCUUCGAGGUGACAAUACCGACUGGCGUGGUAUUUAUGAUACCUUUACUGCUGCUUUAGAUGGAAUGUCUUUGGCAGAAUCCAGCGCUUUAGUAAUUGGUGCAGGUGGCACAAGUCGGGCUGCUAUCUACACACUUCAUCGUUUGGGUGUUUCACAAAUUUACCUUGUGAACCGCACUUUAGCUAACUCAUAUGCCGUUCAAAAUGUAUUCCCUCCUGAGUACAAUAUUAAGGUGUUGGAUGCCGAUAAGGUAACAUCCGAAGACUUGAAUGGUGUUUCAAUUGCUUCAGCCAUAUCAACCGUUCCCGCGGACAAGGCACUCCCUGAAAGCGUAGAUCGUUUGGUGAAGGCUUUGAUUGCCACUGGAGAUAGACAGUCCAUAUUUUUGGAUAUGGCUUACAAGCCAUUGCACACUCCUUUGAUGGGUGUUGCUUCUGAACAUGGAUGGCGCUGCUCUAGCGGUUUAGAGGUUUUGGUGCGUCAAGGACUUGCCUCUUUUCAAAUGUGGACUGGUAUGAAUCCUCCUUUUUCGCCGGUAUAUAAGAAGGUGAUUGAAUAAAUAAGUCAACGUUAGCUUACUUUGAAUAAAACUUUUUUGGCGUCAAAUAAUUAGAAGGUAUGGUAUGGUAUAGCUGCGU